CACUUACAAACCAGCAGCCAUGUGGCACUCAUCGAUCCUAUCGCUAUUGCUAAUCCUAUCCAUUAGCCUGUCGACAUCCAUCUCGAGCUCGAAACCGACAUCAUCCCGAAUAGUGAACUGGAACUGGAAUCCAACGCCCAUUCCGGUAAGGCCGUCACCGAUCGUCAUCAGCAACCACGAUAAUCCGGCCAUCGUUUCCUGUCCACCGAUCAACAUACAGAUUAUGGUACCGCCAAUGGUGACGGCUGCGACCACAUCCGGUGGCAGCGGUUCAACAACAACAACCUUGGGGCCAAUCGUGUUCCCCAACUCGAAGAAAUAGCGUUUGAGAGCAUGGCACGGCGAUAUGGGGAAUGUACUUAUCGGUGGGGAACUAUGGUGAAUAGGAGAUAGCUACGAAUCGGAUAAGGUAGAAUGAUCGCCUAAAUAUAGACAUCUAGCGAACCAUGUGGUUGGUUGGACUUGACAGAGUAAGUGAUAAAAGAUGCAUUACAGUCCACUCUUUAUAAUUCGAAAUAUUAGGUUUAUAUUGAGGAAAUUUUAUAUUUCCGGCAGCUUU